AUGACGAAUUCGAUCAAGUCUUUCACCUGUUCGCUGAAGCGGUGGGUGUUUAAUACAUCUCUUUAUCGAUUCAAAACACCGACUCUCUAUGUUCAGGUCGCUAUUACAUACACUGCCACCGGUGACUCUCCAAUCGAGGAAUUCUGGCUGGAGGCAUCCGGUGUCAUGCUCAUUAGACCUACUCGGUGCACAUGCUUUGGAUGUUUCCAGGCCGAAUCUAUCCGUGAGCAGAAGGAGGGGCUCCAUCUCUCAAUGUACGAGAAGUGA